GAUAGGGUCCGCUCCGUACGGUAAACAAAUGGCAGCGCAGGUUUAAAUCAGAAACGUUCGAAUAUUGUGGUUGUAAUACGUGAUCGGCAGAAACAUGAUCGAAACUAGCUCAGCUUACGGAACUGCUAGUAUCCAGGCGAGAUGCGUAGAAGACGUCUCCUGCUGCAUCGUGCGCGAAUAUUUGUCCCGUAAGGGACUAACAGAUACGCUGGCAAAGAUGGACAAGGAGUUUCCCCGGAAUGAAGGUUGCUUUACGGCCAGGGAUCAGCUGAUCAGAGCUGCUUUUAUGGAACGACUCGUUCGAGACAACAAGGCGAGAGAUUCUCCUUUCCGUGCGCUACUUGAGAUGCUGAUCUACGAGAGACUUCAGAAAAAGAGCGUCAAAUCCAGACACGGUUCGAAAGUGAACCUGGUGCCCAGUGCAGGCGACAGCGCGAGGCACGUGGAGAUGAACAUAAGAAACAACAACUGCAUUCCCGUGGCUUCGAAGGAAGCAAAGUCGGAGAGCAGCGACUCCCUGAGUUCGCUGGAAGGCGCGCUUCCUGUGAGGACUGUUGCGGACACGGACCGGCCUCAGUCGGCGCGGGGCAGGCGUGAGCCUGGAGGCUUCAUAGUGCGCCGUCCUGCGAGGAACGACAUUGAAUCCGUCCACCGUCUCAUCUCCAAAUCGCAACAAUAUCGCGGGCCUACCAGGGUCACAAACUCGGCCAUCCAGCGGAUGGAAGAGGCGCUGAAGCACGAGCCGGGAGUACACGACGGUGAAGGAGACAGGAUCGACGCGGACCAUUUGCCUGAACAGUAUGGAGGCAAUUUCGCAGGCAGCAGCUCCCAUGUGAUCACACAGUCAGCCCUCCAGAGUGCUAUGUCGGCACGAAGCGCCGAACGGAAGUUCACAGCUAGAGGACUGCACAGCGGGGAAGCACCGACCAGACCCGCCCAUUCACUGCACUCCCCGAGAAGCUCAGCGUUUCCUAACCUGCAAGCCGAAACAUGGACAGAGUUAGAUGCCACGGUGCCACGAUUGCAACACCCCAGCUGCGAGCCCAGCUCCUCAACAUCGCCGAAGUCAUUUCUUCUUCGGAGCCAGAGUGCCCCACGGCUGGAAUUGACGAGAAGAAAAUCUAACUCUGUGGUGGCCACUGGGAGUCCAAAGAAUCAAACAAACAAAGACAGCACUGGCAAGGCUUCCCCAAAGCUUUCUGUGCAGGUGAACAAUGACGUACAAGUGAGCGACGUCUCAGAACAGGAUGCAUACAUUGACCCACUUGUAAUCACUGCACAGCAGGCCACCUUCAGGCCAAUAAGCCGACAGGAAGCCACUGAACUCAAGGAACUGUUGUUUGGAACUCGAAAUGGAAAGUUUGGAGAGGAGUGGGCAUCACAAGGGUUCACUUUCACAAAGUCAAAUGCUGUCCCAUAUGGCCUGCUACAGAAAAAGGGAGGACCAUGUGGCGUCCUUGCUGCAGUGCAGGCCUACAUGAUCAAGGAGCUGCUGUGGCCAGAAGGAGGUCUACAGAAUGCUGACCCAAGUGGUUUCGAAGUUGAUGUGCCACGAAGGAACUCUGCUCUGGCCAGGGCACUUGCUUUCAUCCUGUGGCAGGUGGGCGACUCAAACAAGGCCAUCGUGGCAAACCCAACUGGAGUCAACGUAGCCCAGACUGAUGGCAUCUUGGCAAGUGAUGGCAUCAUAGAAACUCUGACGCUGUCAACAUUCACAUCAAAGGCGGCAUUGCAAGAAUACUACAGUUCCUGCAUAUUUAAACUGCAAGAGGAAAAUUGUUCAAGCUGCGUUGCUUUCUUGAUAUCUGUCCUAAUGACACAUGGCUUCGAAAGGAUACGUGAAGAAAUGGAUGAAAGAAACAGCUCACUUAUUGGAAAACACAGUCACUGUAACCAAGAGGUUGUCAAUCUUUUGCUCGUGGGCAAGGCUGUCACGAACGUCUUCGACAACAAACUGUGUUUUGGCAAAGAAGAAACAACUGUGCUGAGGGGCAUCACAUCGCGGUCAAACAUAGGUUUGCUCUCACUCUAUGAACACUACAAGUCCUGCCAGGUUGGCUCAUACUACAAGGAUCCAAAGUACCCGAUCUGGAUCGUGCUGAGUGAAAGCCACUUUUCAGUGCUCUUUUCCAAGUCAUUCCUGGCUCUUGCACCUGAAGACGAAAAGUUUGACCUGUUUUACUAUGACGGUCUGAACAAGCAGGAAGAGGAAGUACGACUGACAAUUGAUCCAACAGCAGGCAUUAGUAACGAAGAUGUUGUGAUGACGCCCCCUCUAGAACUUUGCAUCCGAACAAGGUGGCAAGGAGCAUCGGUGUCAUGGAACAACGCUGAGCCCUUGCUGUGAUGCCUCACUUGUCAGGAGAUUCAUUCCACCUUGUGCAGUAGCUGCAUGUGUUCCUUUUAUUUUCUUUUAUUAUUGUAUUUAAGCAGUAAAGCAAAAUUUUGAGCUUUAAUAAUAAAUAUGCUUGUCAUGUACAA